UGGAUGAACAAACGUGUCGCAACAACGACGAUGGUGACUACACAACAACGACAACGACUCCUUGGCCUCCAGUUGCUGAUGCUGCUGCUGCUUUGCCUCUCCGGCAGCAUUGCGUCAGCCCAGCAACUGUUUAUCGCGCGUCCUCAACGCUCCAUCUACGGAGCACCUCCGUUAGGUCCAUCGGGACCGCCGACAUCGUUGGGCUGGAACAGCGUGGGCAGCUUUAGUCCAUUGAGUUUCGGUCACAUGACCAAGGAUGAGCUGUUGACGCUCCUCGAAGCCUGGCAAGAAGUGGAGGAGGAGAGUGCCCCAGCACCGACGCCAGCGCCUGAGCCCGUGGAGAAACCAGCUCCACCACCACCGCCAAAGCGUCCGAUUCGCCCGCCUCCACGCCCGCGUCCAACGGCGCCGCCAGCAGCUGGAGGCGGAGGAGGAGGUGGAGGCGGAGGUGGAGGUGCUGCAGUGCCGCCGCCUGGCACGCCGGUGACAGUGCGUCUGCCCGCCUUUGUGCCCAUACAACUAUCCGCCAUGUACACACCACCGCUGGCCGUGAUUGGAGGAGGUGGAGGUGGAGGAGCUGCAGCUGCUGCAGCGGCGGCGGCUGCUGGAGGAGGAGGAGGAGGCGGCGGAGGUAAUGGAGGAGCAGCUGCCGCUGCUGCUGCUGCAGCUGCUGGCGGCGGAGGAGGAGGAGGAGCAGGAGGUGGAGCUGGAGCUGGAGCCGCCUUAACUUUCGACAGCGAUUUUCCCGACAUCGAUGAUGAGGAUGCAGCGCAGCCGCGUCUCUUCCGCUACAUGCAACUGCCCAUGACGAUGGCGCGUCCGCAACCUCAACCUGAACCGCAUCCACGCGCCGCAGCGCCUCCGUCGUCGUCGCAUGUGAUGCGCAACACGCUGGAGAGCGUGGACGCUGGCAUUGCGCCGCUCUCGAAUUUCGUCAAUGUCAAAUCGAAGACGGCGAACUUUAGGCCGCCAAUGAGUCUGCCCAUUAAGCCGCCGACGCCAUCGACAUUUCAGGGACCAGUCAUAAGACCCAGAUUUCUGGUGCCGCCAUCGCUGCCGUAUCUGGCCAAUGCCCCAGGGCCGCUGGAGCUGGUGCCAUCCUCGCAGAUCAUUGGCGAUUGGCGCGAGUAAAUCCCAAAGGCCAUCAUCCACCUUUAAUUUUUUUUAUAUAUGAUACAUAUACAUCUUUUUUUUGUUUAGUUAAUAAGCACAAACAUAUUAAUAUUUAUAAGCACAGCGGAAAACAUUUCAAAUAUGUGCAAUAUUUUCAAAUAUUGUCAGUAUUAUUUAAGCAAACAGCGAACCGACUUUUACAUUCACAUUCAAAUUUUCGCGGGUAUUCGUGCAGCUUAACGAAGUAGUUAAGCGCCGGCAACUUAACGAAUGCCAAGAAAUGUACAAAAAUGCAUAAUAAUAUAUUCAUUCGACUGUAAAUAACAACAUUAAUUUAAAUAUAUAUAUAAA